CGCACGCGCGGGCAGGGCCGCGGGGAGUCCGGGCUGGACGGUUGCUAGGGUAACAGGGAUACAACAUGGCGGCCGAAUCCUAACGCUCUCCAUCAGGGACCACCAAGGAGGUCCUCAUUCCGGACCCUGCCUCAGAGGAGUGAAAGUCGGGGACCACCCUUUCUGCCACGUUACCCGCUGUCCGGUGUCUGCCAGGGGUUGUCGCCAGUUUCCUCAUCCAGGAUGAAGAACUAUAAAGCGAUCGGCAAAAUAGGAGAGGGGACAUUUUCCGAAGUCAUGAAGAUGCAGAGCCUGAGAGACGGAAACUACUACGCCUGUAAGCAGAUGAAGCAGCACUUUGACAGCAUUGAGCAAGUGAACAACCUGCGAGAGAUCCAAGCCCUGAAGCGCCUGAAUCCGCACCCCAACAUCCUCACCCUGCACGAGGUGGUUUUUGACAGAAAAUCUGGUUCUCUUGCACUAAUAUGUGAACUAAUGGACAUGAAUAUUUAUGAGCUAAUCCGAGGAAGAAGACACCCGUUAUCAGAGAGAAAAGUCAUGUUGUACAUGUACCAGUUGUGUAAAUCCCUCGACCACAUGCACAGAAACGGAAUAUUUCACAGAGAUGUAAAACCAGAAAAUAUAUUAAUAAAGCAGGACGUCCUGAAGCUGGGGGACUUCGGCUCCUGCCGGAGCGUCUACUCCAAGCAGCCAUACACGGAGUACAUCUCCACCCGCUGGUACCGGGCGCCCGAGUGCCUGCUCACGGAUGGCUUCUACAGCUGCAAGAUGGACCUGUGGAGCGCCGGCUGCGUGCUCUACGAGAUCACCAGCCUGCAGCCCCUCUUCCCCGGGGCCAACGAGCUGGACCAGAUCUCAAAAAUCCACGACAUCAUCGGCACGCCAGCUGAGAAGACCCUCAUCAAGUUUAAACAGUCGAGAGCUAUGAGUUUUGAUUUUCCUUUUAAAAAGGGAUCGGGAAUACCUCUAUCGACAGCCAAUCUGUCCCCGCAGUGCCUCUCCCUCCUGCACGCAAUGGUGGCCUAUGACCCCGACGAGAGAAUCACUGCCCACCAGGCGCUGCAGCACCCGUACUUCCAAGAGCAGAGGGCGGCUGAGAAGCAGGCUCUGGCCAGCCACAGGAGAACUUUCUUCCCCGAGCACUCCGCGGCCCCGGAACUCCUCAGCAAGGACUGGCGUCUCACAAGGGAGGGCAGGAAGCAGAAGCAGUCUGUGAAGCCAGAGGAAGAGCUGCCCCGGAGGCCAGGGCCCGCCUACCUGAUGGAACUCCCCAAGCUCAAGCUAGCAGGCAUGACCACGCUGUCCUACUCCAGCCCAGCGUUGCACAGCGUGUUUGGGCCCAGAGCCAACAGCAGAGUCUCAGUGCUCAGGCCCCUGAAGUUCAUGGGCGCAAACCAGAAGGCGGACCCACAGGAGGACCUGAGGCGCAGCCUGAAGCAGCACCGCCUGCCCGCGCUGGGGAGGAAGGGCGGGAGGCGCUGAGCGCGGCCCCCAGCCCCGCAGCCAGGCCUGCCCGAGAUGGACAGAGACCUCCAGGGAGGCCCGGUGCUGCCCAUGCCCGGGUCCGCAGAGAGGGCGCCCGAGGCCGCGCGCCGCAGCAGCGGCUGUACAGAGUGCCGGGUCUAAUACACAUGUCAAACCACCGCGUCCCAGGCUCUCCUUUCUUCUUCGUAAUUUAAGGAUUUGGGGCAGAGAAUAUUUUGUAGUUUUUUAUAUGAAUCAAAACUGAUUUACCUGCUAGUCCCACGUGGCCGUGCGGCUGGGCGAGCGCCUGGGGCCGCGGGGGUGAGGCCCGAGCCCUGUGUUAUUAAAGAAUAAGCUG